ACAGGAACGCAUUCAAUUGUUUACUGAAAUCCGAGGUAAACCUUCAAAACAGUUAUAAUUGCAUAAUCGCAAAAUAUCUGCAACCGAUGAACUAUUUCAUGAUACGUUUAAAGCGGUGAACGGUUAUAUCCAAUGUAUUACCAUUUCAUCAGAAAUUAGUGUGGUACGUUCUGGUGGCAGACAGAACAUUGAUAGCUAAAACGGCCUAAUCAUUAAGUGCGCGACCCAGCGCUUGCCAAGGUCACGGUCGGCGCCAUCGCGGACACUAAGUCUAUCGGAGGGAUAGAGUAAAGAAGGCCAUCUGAAAUGUGUUUGAAAAUAGCCGCGUACAUCCCAUAUCUCCCGUGGCGCGGGCCCCAGUAGUACGAGUUUACAUCAAGGCUUCGUGAUCAUGCUGUGCAUUAACUAUAGUUUGUGGUAAAAAAUUAAACCAACAGCCUUGUCAGCAUUGUGUUCUUAUUACAUCUUAUAACAUCCUUAUUGCCCAAGAAAGGUGCACUACUGUCUGAGAAUAGUUUAAAAUAUUGCUUCAAUUGGCAUGUAGCAGUAGUAAAACUCAAAUAGUAUAUAUGCCUAUGUGUGAUAUUAGCGCUAUGUGAUUAUCACAGAUAUUCUAGAGCUCGUGCCUCGAAGCUGCAGCUACGCUGUUCUUGACUCAACGUUGCCAUACAGUCAAUACUUCGUAGAGUCACCAAUACGCGUUAUGGAUUGGUCGCAUUUGUUCCGCGUAAACGAGGGGCUUACUAGGACCGCGGCGAUAGCAGCGUUUGGUGCCGGCUCACUUUACGUUCUGUACAAUUUGCUUGACACUUACAUCACUUCGUCUCCGUCCACAACGAGUAGCGGCAACAGCACGUCCAGCGCGGUACAACAGAUGCAAGUGGAAUCGGCGACACCACAGAGACAAUGGUGCACUUCUCUUUGGGAAGGCAGUGCUCAGCCAUCAUCGAAAUCAGCAUCACCUCUGCCGCUAUCGGUUGUACGAAAAUUCACUGAUUCGACUCACAGCCCGAGCCAAGUUAAUGGGCCGGAAUUUUUCGGAGUGACACCUGCACAGCAGCAGCUCGAACAACAACAACAGAUCGAGAAGCAAACUGAAGAGUUGACUGCACUCGUUGAAGAUCUCAAGUACAACGGGGCUCGUGUCAUUAGCGACGACGAGGUUGACUGUUUGGGCUUCCUUCUCACCGCAAAUGAUGAGACCGUUCUCUGCGAGACUCUCGGCAUCCUCACGAAUUGUUCCGCCUUCACAAGCAAUCAAGACCAGUUUCGUAAGCACGGAGUUCUCAAUCAAGUGAAAAGAUUGAGCCAACACGAAAAUGAUGCAAUCAAACUGCAGGCAUUGAAUGCGACAGCUAAUUUAUGUGUAAAUGACGAGAAUCAGGAGGAAUUCGUCGACGAAAUUCCCUACUACCUGGAGUUAGCAUUUAGCGAGGGCUGUUCCAUGAUCUCGUUGGUUGCGCUGUGCGUUCUCACUAAUUUAACGGUAAAAUACGGGUCGGAUCCUGAAGUACUUAAGUAUACAGGUUUGCUAGCUUCAAAAGCCGUUUGCGCGGCGCCUGACCAGUCCCUUCAGGCAAUGAAAAUUCUAGUGAACGUGUCCUGUGAGGAAGCGGGAGCUGAGUAUCUAGUGGACACGGAUUUACGUGAAGACUUCUUCGAUUUAAUUCAAUCAGAGCCGCCUAUUUCGCAACGGUGUCUAACAAUUGUAGCUAACCUUAUACCAAAGAUUAUAGAAGGGUCUAGUUUCGAAAACAGAAUUAUCCGGUUAAAAGGAAGCAUGCUCGAUAUGUGGCGAAAAGCCGAGUUGGAAGAUGGACAGAAGUAUCAGCUGAAACGAGCUCUCAGAGCGCUGUCGGUUCGUGGAUGGGGAAGGCUCACUGAGAGUACCAUGGACCUCGUUGAUAACAAACAAUAACAGAUGUGUAUCGUUCUCGACCACUGAGAACCAUUUUCAUCACCCGAUAUAGUUAAUCGCCAUUUUUUGGCUGUUCUACUUCAUCCCAAUUAGUGGAGUGCAUUUAACUUAUGUACGGUAUUUGUAAGCUUAUUUUACAACCGGAAAACCUAUUAGCGUACGGAGUUUAGAAUGAGAAAAUGUAAUUGAACGGAUGAACCGACUUGGUUUCUGCAUGGAUUUAUUUAAAUGCUAGAUUAAGCUUCUAGUCAGGCAGGGGUAAUACAGCGACAGGUAUGUCUUCAAUUAUGGGGUUCAAUCUUCAGGGAAAAUACUGUAAGUGAAAACCUAUUAGGUGCUUCCGAAUGUUGUUCACUUUAUAGUCUUCAGUUUAUCUUUUUGCAUUCCAGUUCAUCUGAUGCUGUCGUCAAAUGACAGCAUAAAUCGGAUGUUCUUUUCAGUAGAAAUCCUGAUUGGUAGAUAGUCAUGGCUAUUAUGUUGUAUACAAAUAAGAAGAAUGAAUAAAUGAAGAAUUUGCCAAAGUA